AUGGUGCACCCUGGCUGGCUUUGCCUACUGCAGGGCUCCCUCCUCCUGCUGGCCAGGGCGCGGCAGAGCCGCGGCCCCGCCGGCGCCUGCCCGCUCCGCGGAAAGCAAAGCGAGCUGAACUCCUUCCUGUGGACCAUCAAGAGAGAGCCCCCGUCUUACUUCUUUGGCACCAUCCAUGUCCCGUACACACGUGUCUGGGAUUUCAUCCCAGAGAACUCCAAGAAGGCCUUCCAGCAGAGCCACAUCGUGUACUUCGAGCUGGACCUCACUGACCCCUACACCAUCUCAGCUCUCACCAGCUGCCAGCUCCUGCCGCAGGGGGAGAACCUCCAGGACGUGCUGCCCCGUGACAUCUACCGCCGGCUCAAGCAGCACCUGGAGUAUGUCAAGCUCAUGAUGCCGUCCUGGAUGACCCCAGACCAGCGGGGCAAAGGGCUGUAUGCAGACUACCUCUUCAAUGCCAUUGCUGGCAACUGGGAGCGGAAGAGGCCGGUGUGGGUGAUGCUGAUGGUGAACUCUCUGACGGAGGCAGACAUCAAGUCUCGAGGCGUGCCUGUCCUGGAUCUGUACCUGGCACAGGAAGCAGAGCGGCUGAGGAAGCAAAUGGGUGCUGUGGAGAAAGUGGAGGAGCAGUGCCACCCACUCAAUGGGCUGAACUUCUCCCAGGUGGUCUUUGCUUUGAAUCAGACUCUCUUGCAGCAGGAGAGCCUCCGAGCAGGCAGUUUCCAGAUCCCUUAUACGACAGAAGACCUUAUCAAGCAUUACAACUGUGGGGACCUCAGCACCAUCAUCUUCAACCAUGACACUUCUCAAGUCCCAAAUUUCAUUAAUGCUACACUUCCAGCCCAUGAACGCAUUACUGCCCAAGAGAUAGACAGCUACUUCCGUCAGGAGCUCAUCUACAAGCGAAAUGAGCGAAUGGGCAGGAGGGUGAAGGACCUGCUGGAAGAGUACCCAGACAAGAGUUUCUUCUUUGCAUUUGGAGCUGGUCACUUCAUGGGCAACAACACAGUGAUUGAUGUUUUGAGGAGAGAAGGGUACGAGGUAGAACACACUCCAGCUGGACAAGCCAUCAACAAUAGAAAACCCCCCAAAACCUUGUUAGCCUUUUCAUCGUCAUCACCAGCACACAGCCCCUAUGUCACAUCCCAGGAACUCCCACUGCCGUUGCAUCCCCGGAAGGAGGAGGAGGAAGAAGAGCUCCUCCCUCACCUGCUGCUCCCUGAUGACAUCGAUGUGGUGGAGAAGUUAGACAGGAAGUACAAAAAGAAGAAGAAAAAGCAGCAGAAGAAGCAAAGACUGCGACAGUUUAAUGACCUCUGGGUUCGUCUUGAAGAAAGUGCUACCGACCCUCCUCCCCGGAUUCGCAUCAUUAACGGCUACAUCACGGUUGAACCCCAGCCCCGGGGCCAUGGACGGUCUACUCACGCUCAUGCAGAUACCAGCAGUGCUCACCAGCUUUGCCAUUCUCUCUUCCUCUUGCUGCUGACUUUGACUUUGCAUAUGAUAAGGCUACAGUGA